CUGGCAGAGGCGUAGAGUGAUGGCUGCGUCCAGGUCAUUUGAGUUCCGAUGCCACCGCGGCGACUCUGGACAGCGGCGCAAGGCGACCUCUGCGAGAUAGCCGAGUCGUGUGUGGUGUACUCGUCGCCCACAACGCCGCAAAACUGUAAUCGAAGCAAGUUCGACUGUGGAUCAUGCCUCGAUGUUCCUGGUUUCAACAAGUCGGUGGUGUGCAAUUCCAAAUUCACACAAGACUCUUGCCUUGGCACGUGGUGUCCUGCCCGCGAAGAUCUGCCGCCGUUUCCGUUUCCUUUCACGACAACACAAAGGCCGACGACUACCCCCGUGCCUGUGACAACAACGAUGCGACCUCCGCCCUCCACAACACCGACGCCCAUUGUGACGUCCAAGCUGCCCAUGACCACCGCCCUUCCCAUCGAUACCAUCAACUCAGAUACUUCGAUCUAUAUUGGCGUGAGCUGCGGCGUGCUGCUUUUAAUCGUGUUUUCGCUCUUCAUUCUGUGGAAACGGCGCCAACAUCGUGCGGAACUCCAGGAAAUCGAGACCUUGCGAAAGGAGAAGGAGCAAGAAGAAAUGCUCCACGGCGACCCAGUCCUGUUCAAUACGAUCGGCCAUCAAAGCUUGAUUGCCAGCGCGCGAUCUGAGCCUGACGCGAUGUGGUGGGCAAGCCACGCGGAAAAGGACGACGCACAACCCCCAAGCACGAACCAAGGUGCCACCCGCCUUGCCACCAGCAUAAGUUCCAAAAGCGGUAUUGCCGAAGUGCCUGUGUAGGCACGAUCAGCAGGGCAGGUAGUAUCAUACACUAUAUUUAGAGCAAUCAAAGGGCCACAUUGGCGUUGUG